UGUAGAGAAGAAGCAAGUGCAUAACGACAUAUGCGACCUGCAAAUUAAGGAAGAUUCGAAGAGAGCAGUGUGUCCUUCACUCGUGAAUCGUGAUGUUUCCCGCUCCUGAGAGAGAUGGCCAGCUGGAGGUCGUCGACCUUGAGAGCGGUCUCGAUGAGGCGUCGAUAGUCGAUCGGCAGGACUCUUUGUUCCGGGAGGCGGUGAGAGGUGGUCACCAUGCCCGUGCAAGUGACUCUAAACAGGAUAGCUGGGGCAGGACGCUGACGCUGGCGUUUCAGUGCGUGGGGAUCCUGUACGGUGACAUCGGGACGUCGCCGUUAUAUGUGUACUCGACCACUUUCGACUACGGCAUUGGCCACCCCGAUGACAUCUUGGGGGUGCUCUCCCUCAUCAUCUACAGCUUCAUGCUCUUCACUGUCAUCAAGAUUGUCUUCGUCGCCCUCCACGCCAACGACGACGGGGAUGGCGGCACAUUUGCACUCUACUCACUGAUUUCGCGGUAUGCGAAGGUCAGUCUGAUCCCUAAUCAGCAAGCAGAAGAUCAACUGGUCUCGGGUUAUAACAAUCAUGGGAAGACGUCGACAACACUGAGGAGAGCCCAUUGGUUGAAGCAGUGGCUUGAGAAGAGCAAGUCAGCAAAGAUUUGGCUCUUCCUACUCACCAUCCUUGCAAUUGCGAUGGUCAUCAGCGACGCUGUUCUAACUCCUCCUAUUUCAGUACUGUCAGCUGUAGGUGGGUUGAAAGCAAAAGCACCUCAUUUGACAACAGAUCAAAUAGUAUGGAUCACCGUGGCAAUUUUGGUGGUGCUGUUUGCUAUCCAGCGCUUCGGAACCGACAAAGUUGGCUCCUCGUUUGCACCAAUCAUCCUGUUGUGGUUGCUUCUGAUUGGAGGAGUCGGACUCUAUAACCUGAUCAAAUACGAUGUCAGUGUGCUUAGGGCGUUCAACCCGAAAUACAUCAUUGACUAUUUCAGGAGAAACAAGAAAGACGGAUGGGUCUCGCUUGGUGAUAUUCUCCUUGUGUUCACUGGAACUGAAGCCCUCUUCGCUAAUCUGGGGUACUUCAGCAUUAAAUCAAUUCAGCUAAGUUUUAGCUUUGGAUUACUUCCGUCUAUAUUGCUAACUUACAUUGGGCAAGCGGCAUACCUGAGGAAGCACCCAGAGCAUUUUGCUGACGCUUUCUAUAGAUCAACUCCAAGCGCUCUGUUCUGGCCUACAUUUAUCUUGGCGAUUGCUGCAUCCAUCAUAGGAAGUCAAGCAAUGAUCUCGUGUGCCUUUGCAACUGUCUCACAUUUGCAAACACUCAGUUGCUUCCCAAGGGUUAGGAUAUUACACACAUCAAAGCGAUUUCCGGGCCAGCUGUACAUUCCUGAAGUUAACUUACUGCUGUGCAUAGCUGCUUGCCUCGUGACUAUCAGUUUCAAGACAACCACCAUCAUCGGAAAAGCACAUGAAAUCUGUGUCAUCCUUGUAAUGAUCAUCACGACACUACUGAUGACAAUUGUGAUGCUCUUGGUGUGGAAGAUCAAUAUUUUGUGGAUUGCACUCUUCUUCGUCAUCUUUGUUCCAACAGAGUCUAUCUACCUAUCAUCAGUGUUAUACAAGUUCACACAUGGGCCAUAUGUACCAGUGGCUAUGUCGGCAGUUUUAAUGGUGGUCAUGAUUGUCUGGCACUACGUGCAUGUAAAACGGUACAAGUAUGAGCUGAAGCACACCACAUCUCCUAACAAGGUGAAAGAAUUGCUUGAGUGUCAUGAUCUGAAGAGGGUUCCUGGAGUUGGGCUCUUCUACACUGAGCUGGUGCAGGGUAUCCCACCCAUAUUCCCUCACCUGAUUGAGAAGAUCCCAACAAUUCACUCGGUGCUUAUCUUCAUCUCUAUCAAGCGCCUGCACAUCCCCCACGUCGAUACCUCCGAGCGCUUCCUCUUCCGGCAAGUAGAGCCCAAGGUUUACAACGUGUUUCGCUGUGUUGCACGGUAUGGGUACCGUGACUCCCUUGAUGAGGCUAAGGAUUUUGUUGAUGCGCUUGUUGAGUGUCUCCAGUACUACAUACGUGAUGCCAAUCUCUACUCCGUGGAUGAGAUCCAAAAUAUUAGCUAUCCCAUUUCCCGUAAUCAGAGCUUUUCUCGGGACAAGCCUUCUGGACGGCAUGCAAUCCAUGCUGAGGAGAUGAUAACGCCAAUACAGUCCUUCUCCGAGCUCACAACAGUACAAAAUGGUGCAAGCAAUCGUCUACCACAGUUUCAGGCAUCGAGGAUGAAUAUAGCUGAGUUAGCGAAGAUAGAGGAGGAACAGAGGUUCAUCCAAAGAGAAACAGAGAAAGGAGUGGUGUACAUACUUGGAGAGAGUGAGGUGGUGGCAAGGCCUGAGUCAUCGCUCCUUAAGAAGAUUGUUGUCAACUACAUAUACUCCUUCCUAAGAAAGAACUUCAUGCAGGGAGAGAAGAUGUUAUCUAUUCCCCAUGGUAAAUUACUGAAAGUUGGGAUCUCAUAUGAAAUUUAGAUGGUUAGAAUAAUCAACAUUAGAUAAUGGCCUAUCGGUUUGAUGUUUCAUACUUUUAUAAAUGCCAAAUUGUCAAAAGAUUAGGAUACAUAUGAUGUAAGUGUAUGGUCAACGCUUGGGAGAUGGAUACACACACGCUGGGAUUUAUCUCGGUAAUAGUAGGAUCAAGUAACACAUAGAUGAGUUCACAGAGGACGCUAUGGUGCUGCACAUGGACAUAUUGUUGUUCAUGCGUGACAAGCUUUUGUGUUCUCUUGAAUAAUAUAUAUUUUUUUGUUAUCCUA